GUGUUAUCAGCGGUGAGGUGGAGGCUGUGUGGAGGGCCGGCGGGACACAGCUCCUUCUGGUGAGGAAUGGAGACUCAACAACAAACAUGGUGAUCCUGGUUCUGUCCUGGCUGACGUGGCUGGUGGGGGCUGUGCUGGCCUGUGUGCUGGGGGGCUGGGGGGCCUGGUGGAUGCUGCAGCCCUCCCCACCACCUGUCAAUGCCACACAUCCCUAUGCCCGCCCCUCCUUCUUCUACCCCCUCAAAGUCAUCGUCUUCUACUGCCUUGUCAAGUUUAGAAAGAGGACGGCCGGGUCAGAGGAGUCUGCCGGCUAUGGGGCCAAGUCGCACAACAAGGAGGAGUUGAUGGAGUGUCCUCAGACCCUGCACCCAAGCCCCAAGGCCAUUAAUGCCGUGUUUUUCUCUGGUGCUGCGAAAGAAUGGGGCGUCAUCCUGGCCAUGGAGCGGCGCCCAAACAGGCUCACCUCAGUGGUUGUCUACCUCAAGGUGCCCAACACAGGACUGCUUGUGCCGGCCUCACACCCCGACACGGUGACCUUCAGAGCGGAGGACGAGGAGAACAUUUUUUCUGCUGGAGGACUCAGCAUCACUCCUCUCAUCCCCAUGAAGUCCUGGAACCUUCAGUACUCGGGGAAACUAAGGCUGUACAACAAGCCAGACGAUAAGGAACGAGACGUAGAAAUUGACCUCAUGUGGACCUCCGAGCUGCCUCAUUUUGACUACGACACUGACAUGGACAUGAUGGCCAUGGCUAAGGCCUUUGCGCGAGAAACCUGGAGCCGAGAGUACUUCCAGCAGCUGAAGGACCACCACCAGACCCACUAUGAGCAGAUGGGCUUCCUCCAAGGCUCUGUCAAGAUCAACGGGAGGCCUCAGAACAUUCGCCUGCCAGCUUUCAGAGAUCAUUCCUACAGCAAGAUGCGUGAGUGGCGGCUGAUGCAUCGUUACGUGUUCCACCACAUCUUCCUGGAGAACGGCUGCAAGGGUGUGGUGGGCGUGGUGUGCCAGCCCUCCACAUGCUCCAGACUGAUGCUUGGGAACUGGUACACGGCAGGAGGCCAGGGCGAGGCAGUGUCACAUGUGGAUUUGGACCUGAAGCAGCACGGGGAGAGAGGAACGCCACCCACGGACUAUGCCUUCAUGUUCACCGCUGGCGGAGAGGAGUUCAUGGUGGAGGUGGAGGUGGAGCUCUCACCUGUGCACUACCUGGGCUGGGACUGGGAGGCGCGCAUGGUGGAGACGUGGGUGAAGUACAAGGUGAACGGCGUCAAGGGGUCAGGUAUCUGCGAAUGGAACUACCAACACAAGGGAGGCCGGCCUGAGGAGAUGACUGCGAAGGAUCCAGAGUGGGCCACGAACUAUAGGCUGAAGUACCUGGCUGCCUGACCCUCUGUGGCAUGACUGGUGGCCCUGAGUGUGGUGAGUUAGGUUGGUUUUACGGGUAUAAGACACUUUUGCUUCUCAUAUCAGUAUUUCUAAAGGUCAAAGAGGGAAUCAAUCGGGUUCUAAUGAGUGUUUCUUUAGGUUCAUGGCACAGGAGAAGGUCCAGACUACCACCAGGGUCAUAGAAUUACUCCUGGAAAUGCCCACAAGUCCUAUGAAAGCCUUGUCAAAUGAGUGUUUCUUUAGGUUCACGGUACAGGAGAAGGGCUAAACUACCACCAGGGUCAUAGAACUACUCCUGGAAAUGCCCACAAGUCCUAUGAAAGCCUUGUCAAAUGAAUGUUUCUUUAGGUUCCCCAUACAGGAGAAGGGCUAAACUACCACCAGGCUCAUAGAACUACUACUGGAAAUGCCCAAAACUCCUAUGAAAGCCUUGUCAAAUGAGUGUUUCUUUAGGUUCAUGGUACAGAGGAAGGGUCACACUACCACCAGGGUCAUAGAACUAUUCCUGGAAAUGCCCAAAACUCCUACGAAAGCCUUGUCAAAUAUGUGAAAUUGGGCGAUGGAAUGUUUAGUAAUGCGCCCCCUAGAGUUAACGGCAAGACCAGUCAUGAGUAGAAAGCGUGAAAAGAGCUUGAGGUUGAGGUAGAGUUAAAAGCAAUACUGGUCAUGAGUAGACAGAGGGUGAGGAGUUUGUUGAAGUAGAGUUGAAGGAAAUAACAGAGCAUGAGUAGACCAAGGUAGAUAAGGUUUUUGAAGUAGAAUUGAAGGCAGUAUAUAUGAAUACUCGACAGAUGAAGAAGAGAUGGGUUGAUGUAGAGUUGAAGGAAAUACCUGUGCAUAAGACUAGACAAAGGAAGAUAAGGUUUUUGAGGUAGAAUUUAAGGCAGUAAAUACUCGACAGAGGAAAAAGUGUUUGUUGAGAGUUGAAAGCCAUACCUGUAAAUUGUUAUUAUUACGAUUAUUAUUUAGAUUCAUGAAAGGGCAUCAAGGGAAAAUAUAAAAUAGAUGACAGACCUAAACAGAAUCCCUUAACUAUGCAGACAUGAAUGUGAAAAAUAAGUCAGUCACAUAAAGUAAAGAAUAAUAAAAAGAAAUGCUUGUUUAGGGAAAGUUAAAGGAAAUAACAGUACUUGAAGCUGUUCAGGAAUAACUUAAGACUACCUGUAAAAUUAAUAAUGUCUAAUAAUGACCCAGAAAUAAUUUGAUAUCAAUAAACUGGAAUGCAGAAAAACC